CCUGCGCCCGCCCCGGCCUCUUGCGGGAGCUAGACUUGCCUGUUGGAGGGGUGUGCGCGCGCGCCCUCGGCCUGUUGCGUGCUGGUGUCACCUUGGGCUUGAGCGGGUCUGCGUGUGCGCUGGACCCAAAGCCGAGGGCCAUCAAGGGGCGAUGGCGGCGACGGCGAGUCCCGGGACUGGCCAGAUGGACGGGAAGCCCCGUACCUCCCCUAAGUCGGUCAAGUUCCUGUUUGGGGGCCUGGCUGGGAUGGGAGCUACAGUUUUCGUGCAGCCCCUGGACCUGGUGAAGAACCGGAUGCAGCUGAGUGGCGAAGGGGCCAAGACUCGAGAGUACAAAACCAGUUUCCACGCCCUCACCAGCAUCCUGAAGGCAGAAGGGCUGAAGGGCAUCUACACUGGGCUGUCAGCUGGCCUGCUGCGCCAGGCCACCUACACCACCACUCGCCUUGGCAUCUACACCGUGCUGUUUGAGCGCCUGACUGGGGCUGAUGGGACACCGCCUGGCUUUCUCCUGAAAGCCCUCAUCGGGAUGACCGCAGGUGCAACUGGUGCGUUUGUUGGGACACCAGCAGAGGUGGCUCUCAUCAGGAUGACCGCUGACGGCCGGCUUCCAGCUGACCAGCGCAGAGGCUACAAAAACGUGUUUGACGCUCUCCUUCGGAUUGCCAGAGAAGAGGGAGUCCCCACGCUGUGGCGGGGCUGCAUCCCCACCAUGGCUCGAGCCGUUGUUGUCAAUGCCGCCCAGCUCGCCUCCUACUCCCAAUCCAAGCAGUUCCUACUGGACUCAGGCUACUUCUCUGACAAUAUUCUGUGCCACUUCUGUGCCAGUAUGAUCAGUGGUCUCGUCACCACUGCGGCUUCCAUGCCUGUGGACAUUGUGAAAACUAGGAUCCAGAAUAUGCGGAUGAUUGACGGGAAGCCAGAAUACAAGAAUGGGCUGGACGUGCUGUUGAAAGUGGUCCGCUAUGAGGGUUUCUUCAGCCUGUGGAAGGGCUUCACACCGUACUAUGCCCGACUGGGGCCCCACACUGUCCUCACCUUCAUCUUCUUGGAACAGAUGAACAAGGCCUACAAGCGUCUCUUCCUCAGUGGCUGACGUGGCAAAGCCCUGGGACUGGUGUGCCAGGGUUCCCAAGUCACCCACUGCUGCUACACUCGCUGUGCCCUGGGGCCUGGACUCUGCUGCCCUGGGCUUCUCUAUUUAUUUCCCUCCACAGUGUGGUUUCCUCCUUUGCAGUAAAGAACUCUACUCUGUUCUACCCCCUCCUCCAGCUUGCCAUGCUUGGCCUGAUGCUUAGGCUCAUUCUGUCCCUGGCCGUUCCUGGGGUCACCUAAGAAACCCUCUGAGGAUUUCUGGUCUCCUCUUGGGUGUUAGUUUCAGGGUGUGCAAGACAGCAGAUCCCUCUUUCUGGGGAAACCAAAGCAGAGCUGAGGAGACAGGAGAGAGCAGAAGCCAUCAAGGUGUCCAAAGGGUCUGUGGUGGAAGGAUGUGGCCUUCCUCCUCCCAAGGACUUAAUCAAUAAAUUGAUUGAUAACACCAA